GAUAAGCUAUGGUGUAGGUAGGUGUCUGUGAUCAAGCAUGUAGAUGUACUGUAUUAUAACAGAUUGAUAGAAAAGGAGUUUCUUGCUUUAUUUUAUAUUGAUGCUAUUGAGAAGUAAAUGACUGUAUUGAUAUUAGUGAGAAAAAUGCUCUAGUAAUUCAUAUCACAACUAUCAUAGUCCAUUUUUCAUAGGGAUUAUUUAUUUCAUUUCAGAUUGUAUUAUCAUUUGAUGAAAACCCUAUUGAUUAGCCUUCACAGGUUGACAGAGCUUUUCUUCUAAGCACUUAAAGUUUGAGCUGUCUCAGCCCCAUAGGACUUUUAAAAAAGCUGUUAGCACUAUGAAAUUCUUCUUCUGAAUGUUUCCAACAGCUUGAAGCCCCUUACAAGAAUGCAAAAUAUUAGCAUGUUAGUGUCAUUAACCCCUUUAGUACAUUUAGUAGCAAAAAUAGCUUUUAUAUAAUUGAAAUCUACAUUGCCUUUUUUUUGUAUCUGUGUAUUUUUCUAAUUUGAAAAAAAAGUUAUCCUCUGCUUAUAAACAGAUGCUGCGUCGCAAUGCAAUACAUUAUGUACCAAAAAUGAUCUCUGUUUUAAUCAUAGAUGCUGAUUUAAUGAGACACACAACCAGCUUACAUGAAAAAUGGAUUUAGGGUGUGAUUUCGUUUUCUGUGUAUUUUCACUACAUAAUGGAAAUAUGGUACCUUGUGCUUUAAAUUGAAUUGUGCUGAGUAGAAAGUACAGCACUUUCUUUUUAGUUGUGGAAUUAGUAGAAUGAUCUGUUACCUUUUGUAAUCAUUUGAAAGAGAGAGUUAGUUCAUUUUUUUUAGAAUUCUGGUGUCAUUUAAACAGAACAACAUUGGAGUUAUUCAGAAGAAAAGAAAUGAAAUAUUUUCUCUUUUUUCCACCUUAAGUCUGUUUUACUGCUUUAUCAAUCUCUGUCAAUUUGGAAUGGGUGGGGGAUCUGUUUAUAUUCAUAAUCAAGACAAUUCUCUAGGAUCACUGCAGACGGCAUGCUCAUGAAUUGGAAAGCCAGGUGUGCUAACUUUGCCCCUGAGGUAAUUGCUACAUACUGAAAGUGCUGGGUGUGAACAUGUAUCAAUCAGUUGCUGGAGCUACCCAUCCUUUACAAACAGAAGAACAAGAAAUAGGGAUUGAUCCCUUGCAAAGUUAUGUGAACAAACCCGAGGAAGAUGUGUCAAACGAGAAUGGAAGAAAGCAAUAUACCUCAGAUUCUGAUGGGACAUUUCUUACAUAUAGUAAAGAAUGGGAAGAAUUAUUUGUAAACAACAAUUACUUGGCAACAAUACGACUGAAGGGGAUUAAUGGGCAGCUGAGAAGCAGCAGGUUCCGUAGUGUUUGUUGGAAGCUCUUUUUGAAUGUUCUACCUCCUGAUAGAAAUCAAUGGAUCAGUAAAACAACAAAAUUAAGAACAUUUUAUAACAAGAUAAAAGAAAUACAUAUUACAAAUCCUCGGAAAGCUGGACAGCAAGAUGUGAUGAUCAACAAUCCACUUUCACAGGAUGAAGGGAGUCUUUGGAACAAAUUUUUUCAGGACAAAGAACUUCGAGGAAUGAUUGAGCAAGAUGUGACAAGAACAUUUCCAGAAAUGCAGUAUUUCCAAGAAGAAAAUGUGAGAAAGAUUCUUACAGAUGUUCUCUUUUGUUAUGCCCGGGAAAAUGAGCAAUUACUUUAUAAACAGGGCAUGCAUGAACUCUUAGCACCCAUUGUCUUCAUUCUACAUUGUGAUCAUCAAGCAUUUUUACAUGCAAGUGAAGCUGCACAACCAAGUGAGGAAAUGAAAGUACUUUUGAAGCCUGAAUACCUGGAGCACGAUGCCUACGCAAUGUUCACCUAUCUCAUGAAAACAGCAGAGCACUGGUUUUCAACUUAUGAACAUGAUAGUCAAAAGGAGAAAGAUGCAAUGUUGACUCCUAUUCCAUUUGCCAGACCACAAGAUUUAGGACCAUCCAUUGCUAUUGUAGCAAAAGUAAACCAGAUUCAAGAUCAUUUGCUGAAGAAGCACGAUAUUGAGCUCUACAUGCAUUUGAACAGACUAGAAAUUGCACCACAGAUUUAUGGACUGCGAUGGGUAAGGCUUCUGUUUGGACGAGAAUUUCCACUCCAGGACCUUCUAGUUAUCUGGGAUGCUUUAUUUGCUGACAGCAUCACUCUCGACUUAGUUGACUAUGUUUUCUUAGCCAUGUUGCUGUAUAUUAGAGAUGCCUUGAUAUCGAGUAAUUAUCAGACCUGCUUGGGACUUCUGAUGCAUUACCCACCUAUUGGAGAUGUUCACUCAUUGAUCUUGAGAGCUCUUUUUCUCAGAGAUCCAAAGAGAAACCCAAGACCUGUGACUUACCAGUUCCAACAAAAUCUGGAUUACUACAAAGCACGUGGAGCAGAUUUGAUGAAUAAAACUCGGGUCAAUGCCAAGGUUGCUCCACUGAACAUAAAUAAAGUUUCCAGUAGUUUAUUGAAUUUUGGCCGAAAGCUAAUUUCCCCAGCUAUGACUACAGGUGGUGCUACUGGACCAAUUGUAGGUAGCAUUGGCAGCUUUUCAUCUGUUGCAGUGCCCAUUAGGAACGCAGUAGAGCUCCCACAGCAGCAGCCACAACAACCACAGCAGCAGCAACAGAGAAUGAUGAAAUCAGAAAGUGUUCCAGUGCAACUGAGUAAAGGAGAUGUAGUUACAGGCAAUGAUGCUCAAGUCUCGGCUCCUGUCCAGAAUCUAAGUGCCCUCCAAGGGACAGUUGCUACAGCAACUCAUGGACAGAGUUCAAAAAAUGUCAGCUCUUCUCCAAGUAUUGAAAGUUUGUCUGGGGGACGUGAACACACAGAGUCUCCACCUUUGUCUGCAACCAGGAAAGAAUCUUUUUUUAGUACUAUUUCCCAUUCUCGCUCGCACAGCAGAAGUAUAUCCAAGAAAGAAUCUGAAGAAGAGUUGGAAGCUCAGAUUUCAUUUCUCCAAGGUCAGCUGAAUGAACUGGAAGCCAUGUGCAAAUACUGUGCAAAGACGAUGAACACCCAUUUGGGAAAUAUUCAAGAAGUGAUCCUGCAAGAACAUUUGGAUAAAGAAGAUGAAGUUCUGGUUUCCUUGGCUGGACUAAAGCAGAUCAAGGAUAUUCUGAAAGGUUCCCUACGUUUCAAUCAGAGUCAAUUGGAGGCAGAGGAGAAUGAACAAAUUACAAUAGAAGAUGAUCACUACUGUUCCAACAAUCAGAACAAAGCAACAAAUGAUGUCAUGGAAAAUCCUUCAUUCACAAAACAACCCAUCCCUCCAGUGAAGCAGGCUGCCAGUGAUCCAGUUGCAAGCUUGGCCAAAAGGCAUGCUGACGACUAUAUCCUAGUUUCCAAAGAGGAAGAGAGGAACGUGAAUGCCACUCCCGAGCAUGUGCAGACUGUGCCAACCUGCAAGGAUGUGACCACCAAGAGUGAGGCCUCAUGCCGCUCUUCUUUAGCCUUUUGUGAUCCGCUAAUGGGAUCCAUAUCUGCCUCAUCUAGUAACCUCAGUUCCAGUCCCGACGAUAACAGCAGCAACAACAGCAAAGAUUCUGACUUUACCAUUGUCAGCCCCUUGGAGAUUUAAGUGAGCCAUUCAGAUAAGACUAUGAGGUUGAUACACCUCCUCAGCAUACACACCUGACGUUCCUACAAAUGUGGUGAUUGAUUCUGGGACUCAAGACUCAAAAAAAGCCUGAAGAUUUAGACAGAGCACAGACAUGGUAAAGGCAAUCCUUUCCAAGAAGAAAAUAAAACAAUAAAAAAGCAAAUAUGUAAAGUUUGCCUUGAAAACAUCCACACAUUAAUAGUCAACUGGUGUAAAACUGAAUAUAUUUAAGGUUUUCUCUUUUAGCAGCUUCUUCGAAUAUCGAAGCAGCCAUUUAUAGUCUCCUACAUCAUUGUAGAAUAGCACCUUGCAUAUAAUCUCAUGGGUUAAACAAGUGGGCAUCGCCGCUUGUGAGGAAAGCAAAUAGAUACGCUAACAAUUGCAGGUCCUGACAGAAGAUUUGCUCUGGGGAGAUUAGGAUUUUCUUCCUGAAUACAUCAGCUAGAAAAUGAGAAAAAUAAAGAUUCAAACAACAGCUGGCCUCCUGAACCAUUUUCUCAUCAGGGGAAAAGGGGGAGGGGGUAAAAACUAUGUUGAGUUUAUCUAUGAGAGAAGGCUCUGAAUUAUGAUUCGUAUAAGGCAGAAUGAAAUGAGGGGAAAACCCCAGCUUAAGUGCAUAUUAAAUGAUUUGCAGGCACUCAGACUCAUUGACACACAAACUCAUUCCCUAAUGUAUCUGGAUCACAUUUUCUUGUAAGCUUUGACUGGAAUGUAUUUUUAUAACUAUUUCAGGACUUCCCCAAUCCCCUCAGGCCCAAGAACAAAGUUCAUCGAGGGGCAUCCUCCUACAAUAUUCCUUAACUAUGUAGACACAGUUCUUUUAUAAUACUUUCAGUUUACUUUUCUUAAGUGCCCACCAUCUACUUCAUUUACUUUAUUCUCACAAGGGUUAGUAACAUUCCUAGUACUCAUUUUCUCAACGUCACAGAAAAGCAAAUUUCUCUUGACAUCACUGGAGCAACGUAAAGUAUUUUUGGAGUCAGUUUGCUAUGUUACCAUGAUAAAAGAAGAAAUCAGGGAGAAUCCAUAGAUCAGUGUCCAGAACUGUCACAUAACAAAUCAUGCUAAUGAGGUGGUGCUGUUUCUUCCUAACUUUUUGCAUCUAAUUUCAAAGUAAUUGUUAUUCUAGGGCAGUGGUUCUCAACCUUUCUAAUGCCACGACCCCACCAUGCAGUUUCUCAUGUUGUAGUGACCCCCAACCAUAAUAUUUUCGUUGCUACUUCAUAACUGUAAUUUUGCUACUAUGUAUGAAUCAUAAUGUAAAUAACUAAUAUUUACAGGAUGUAUUUUCAUUCACUGGACCAAAUUUGCCACAAAUACCUGAUACGCCCAAAUUUGAAUACUUUUGGUGGAAGGAUUCGCCGUCUGUUUCCGAAAAGGAAGAGAAGAACAGGCAGAGAGAUCUUCAGCCUUCUCUGCCAAAGGGGUUCCUAAGACCAUUAGAAAUAUGUGUUUUCUGGUGGUCUUUGGCUACCCCUCUGACACCCCCCUAAUGACCCCCCCCCCCCCCGGGGUUCCGACCCCCAGGUUGAGAAACACUGCUCUAAGGUCUCUCUUAACAGUGUCAGUUUCAGAAUAACAAAUAAAUAGCAUCAUAGAAGAGGUAUGGGCUUUACUUUCUUUUAAGCCAAGGCUAAACUAUAUAUAUAAAACCUUGCCCAUUGACUAGUUUCAGUGACCUUGGGGAAGAAUUUGGGUUAAUUAAGAUUUAUACACUUUAAUUACUAACCUGUGGGAAUCAGUUUCCCAUGUGCAACUUGAUGAUUAAAUAUAGUAAAACUAAAAGGUGAAAUAGCUUUAAACAACGAAAAAACUUUGGUAUCUAGCCACAGCUCCUCUUGUAUUUGUGUAUGCAAGUAUACCAUGGCAAAAGCUUUCUCCAGAGCUUGCAAAGAGCCAGGUAAUAGUUUAGUGAUUUCAGACUCUGGAGCUAAUGAGCACUCUAAUCUGUUUUUAGACUGCACUUGGAAAUUAAAACCUCUUAUCCGUGAAAUCAGUAACAGUAGGGAGGGGAAUUUUUGCAAAAGGUAUUUCACUUCAUUAUCUCUAGAACCUCGGUGAUGAACAAAAUAGAACCCUUGCUAGCAUUAACAUAGGAAGAGGUUGAUGAAGGACGUUCUAAGUAUUUUAUUUAUGAGGAAAAGACUUGUAAUCUUUAUUUUUACUGGGGGCACACGGAACAAUACAGCAUAGUCACAUUAUGACUGCUAGAGCAUGGAAAUGUUAAUUGCAGCUAACAUUGAAAAUUAUUCGACCCAUCCAUCUAAACCAUGAGUCAUGUUUAACAAAUGCCCUCUCAAAACAUCAGAUUGUGUUACAUAACAGAAUUCUUCUGAGAAUGUUACACUAGCAAUUUUCUCAGUGGCAGACAUUGUGAUCUUGGGGGAAUGUGCUGAGUGAUAAAACCAUUGUUUUUACAUAUGCUGGAAGUGUAAAGUGUUGAGUGAAUUGGAUCUCCUAGUUAAAUCUCAAUUGGGCUAUCAGUGGAAGGCCCUCUCAUGCUCAUUUUCUCUCCAUAUGUAUCUGUGCAAAGAUCAAAAUUAAUAGGUAAAUGCUGCUAUACAGUAGCAGAUUCACAUCUGCGUAUUCAGGUACUAUCCAAUCAUUCAUCACACACAGACCUUAUGAUAGUUUAUAAAUGAGAGUAAUCCCAAGAGGUUGUACAAAGACCUUAAUAGCAGAUUCAGCUUGGCUGGGAUACAUAGAAUGGUCACAUAGUUGUUGAUCUGGAUGGAAGAAAAUAUUGUGGUUAUGCAAGGCAUUGACCUUAAACCUAGCACUCACUCUCAAUUAAACUAUACAGAAAAUCAUCCCAGGAUUCAAUCUUUUGCUAUGUAUAAUUUUGCUUAACUUCCUUCAAUAUGUAAGAAUCAUCACAAAGAUUAUAUGAUUGGUGACACUUUAUGAUUCUUUAGAAAUGCUCGACUGUAAUCCUUUCUGCCUAGAUUUGAUGCUGUUAUAACACAAGUGAAAAGUGCCAUUUGGAGCUAACCACUAUUGAAAAUCAGGAACCCAAGCAAAAGUGGAAUUGUAGAAUAAUAGAUAAUCUUUAGUCUUGUAGAGAAAAAAAUUACUGUACAUUUUGCCUUUAAAAAAUACUGUCUCUUUCUAUCUAUUGAUUUCAAAGAUUGUAUUGCUUACAUGUCCUAACAGACUUAGUGCCAUGGAACAAUGACAUUUUUAAGUAUGGUUGAUUUCUUUUUACCUCAAUAGAUUUUUUUUAAGUUUGCUGUAAUUAGCAUAUCUUUACUUCUGCAAUUCAUGUAAUUAUGUAUUAUUUCAGAAAAUAAAUAAUACUUUACUCAUGGAGAAAGAGGAAAUUUGAAUAAUGCCUUUAAAUGAGUUAUAUCUGGUGAUACUGUGUUCCGGUAUAUCUUUUGGUUAUGCCGAAAUAAUUUAGCUUUAUGUUCAUUUCAUUGCAAACCAAUUCGUUCAUAAUAAUUCUAUAUUGCCUUACACUAGGCUUACUAGUGGUUACUCACACUAUAUGAUACCAGUUUAUUCUUGUCUGUAAAGAUAGUUUGUUCAUCCUGUCCAUUGAUAAUAGUGAUCUGAUAGAAAAUAACCUGCAAUAUAAGUGAGUGAUUAGCAUUCAUAGAUGGGACUAUAAAGCAUUUUUCAACCGA